UCUGCCUGUGUGGUCUCCGCACUGUAUGAUUUGGGGUAAGACACUGAAAACGGGGGAAAUCCAUCUCCCUUUUCAGUCUUCUCUGCAACUUUACGCACGUGCCUAGCGUCGCUCCAUUCCUAUCCAAUCAAUAUCACAUCUAAUGUUGUUUUCCGCUUUUUGCGCACGACUUCACCCGCUUCCUACUCGGCACGCGGGGCUGUAAAAGGUUUAAAUUUGAACUGGACGUUUGUCAGCCUCAGCCGUUUUGUUUUCUAGCUCUACAUAGCUCGGUGAUUAGUGGACACGUUCCGAGCUGCUGCUUAUUGAUUGUGUUAUAUGGAUGCUAUUGUACGCUGUAUGCUGAGAGAGAGUUGCAGCUUUCUCCACGUGAGCUGCAGCUAAUUUCUUCCGUUAUAAUAUUACAUCCAGAGGGAAACCCCGUCGGCCAUUGGGCAUUUUGACAUCACAUGGACGCGCCAUCACGUGGUCGGAGAAGCAAUGGGAGGUAGGGGAGGAAAAGUGUGGGGUGGGGUGAUUUUUUUGUGUAAAUCUAGACAGUAACACCCCGCCAAUAAUUCACAGUCCCUCGUAAAAAGCCGACAUUAAACCGCCCCGGGCCUACAAAUCAUCGGCGCCAAAUUAUGAGUUCGCUGUACUUCGCCAACGCGCUGUUUUCCAAAUACCAACAAGCUGCCGCGAGCUGCCCCGCUCUGCUCUUGACAGACUCUCGAACUUCUCCCUCCCCGUCUUCCUCUGCUUCUCCUGCCGUGUCUUCCUCAUGCGCCCUCGUAUCCAGCGGAUAUCAACACCAUCAUGUCUCCAGUGAGAGAGGCAGAGGUAGGCUCCCGUUCCCUCCCUCUUCUUCUCCUUCUUCUUCCUCCUCCUCCUUCCCUUCCUCCUCUUCUCCUUCAUCGUUCAGCUCGUCUCUUUCGGGACUGAACGGGAGCAUCGGGGGUACUCAGCAUCCUCUCAACCCCACAGAAGUGCGCACAGGAGGCUCUUAUAGCUCUCCGGGAGCUGGGCCGCUGCGCUCUUCUCUGCAGGGGUACCCCGCGGAGAGAGUCCCCGGUCGGCCUCAGCUCUCUUCACUGGCUGCAAGUUUUCCUGAGGCGGCCUGCAGGAGGCAGAGCAGCCCGGAGCAGCGGCAGCCAAACGACGAGAGGCUGCGGAUUUACCCCUGGAUGAGAAGCUCAGGUCCGGACAGGAGGAGGGGACGGCAGACGUACACGCGCCACCAGACGCUCGAGCUGGAGAAGGAGUUCCACUUCAGCCGGUACCUCACCAGGAGACGGAGGAUAGAGGUGGCGCAUGCGCUGGGCCUCACCGAGCGGCAGAUCAAGAUCUGGUUCCAGAACCGGAGGAUGAAGUGGAAGAAGGAGAACAAGGCGGCAGAGGGCGGAUCUCCAACAACAGCACCUGGAGAAGAGGAGGAGGAGGAGGAGGAGGCUGAUGAAGAGGAGUGAUUCUACCGGACACUUUAAAAUGACAGCCUGCACUUAUUUCACACCAGUGAUGAAGAUGCAGCAAAAAUAUCAAGUGACGUUGGCCCAGAAGUGACUCCCAGUAAAAGCAAAAAAUACUUCAGACUCCAGGCAUUUAGUUUUUAAUGAGAGAUCCUCACAGACUGACAUCACUCUGCUUUUACUGUAGUGUUUACAGCUCAGUAGAAGUGGUUUAACUAUCAGCUUAGAUCAUUUAAACAUCACAUUUUAGAACAAACCCGUCAUAUAAUCCUUCACUUUGUUUCCUACAGAGGAGGAAAGGGGGGAAUAAUAAUGUGAUGUACAGAAAGAGAUUCUUCUUAGAGCCUGAUUUUUUGCACACUUAACUUUUUGUUAUUAAAGCACCUCCGCAGCGAAAAGGGACGAAGCAGCUGUUAAUACAGUGAAAAAAAACAGCAGCACGUAUGAUUUCUGUGGAUAUAAAUCUCUGUGUUGUAUAUGUGCAUUUAUUUUAAAUGUUAUAGACUUGAUAAGAUCACCACAUAUCUCCUGUAGAGCCACAAUCUUAAUUUCUUAAGUGGAACUGCUCCUUUAUGUUUGUUUUUGGUGUUCUUGUUUUUUUUAAUGAUAAUUUUAAGCAGUCACAAUAUGUAACGUUUUAUUAUCAUUACUAUUAAUUUAAUGUCAACUAUACAUUAUAUAAACACAGAUCUCAGUGGUCUUGAUGGUGCUUCUAAAAGUUGUAAUUCUGGUGGAGAGAAAAAAAAAGCCCUUUUCAUUUAUGCCUGACACUGUUAUUUUUAAGGUGGAAUCAGACUUCAACACUGCAGCUCUGACUGUCACCAGUUUGCUCCAGUUUUAAGUAAGAAUGAGUUAGAUCUUCCCUAUUUGAUUAUAUUCCAAUAAAGCACAGACACACAGGAGACUUCCUCAUUUAGGUGGGAUCAGACAUUUAGAUGUAUUUGGAGGAGCAAUUAUGAACAAAGACUUCUAUUAAGGCUGUCAAUGGGUUUUUAAUGUUCUUAUUAAGUUUAAAAUAACCUUUUUUUUUUUUACUAUCUGCAUGAAAUUAAAAGGCAGUAGGGAUUAUGGGGUGUGUGUUAUUAAAGAAAUAAUUAAAGGCUUUUUGUUUUCAGUGUUCAUUUCUGUAUUUGCUCCAGUGGUUUCAUGCUGAUCUUCAUUUUCACACUAAAAGACACUUUUAUUUUCUUGUAUGUGAAUAAAGUUAAUGAAAA